AUGCUGUCCGUUGGUAAUUCCACUCCUCCAAGUUUCUUCCUGGCUGGAGUGCCAGGGCUGGAAGCUUUUCACAUCUGGCUUUCCAUCCCAUUUUGCUGCCUCUGUGUGAUCGCCCUCUUGGGGAACAGCGCCAUUCUAUAUGUGGUGAUCACAGACUCCAGCCUCCACGAGCCCAUGUACUACUUCCUCUCCAUGCUCUCCAGCACAGACAUAGGCAUCACUGUUUCCUCUCUCCCCACCACUCUGGGUGUCCUCUGGUUCAAUGCCAGGAUCAUCAGCCUGGAUGCCUGCAUUGCGCAGAUGUUCUUUCUGCAUGGAUUCACCCUCAUGGAAUCCUCUGUGCUUUUGGCCAUGGCUUUUGACCGCUUUGUUGCCAUCUGCAACCUAAGGUACGCUGUGAUUCUUACCAGCCCUAGAAUCAUCAAAGCUGCCGUGGUGAUUUUUGUGCGAAUGCUGGUCAACUUGAUGCCCUUGCUCCUGCUGCUUAAGAGGCUGUCCUUCUGUGGUUCUCACAUGCUUUCUCACUCCUACUGCUACCAUCCUGAUGUGAUUAAGUGUUCUUGCUCAAGUAUCAAGGUCAACAGCAUCUGUGGCUUAGUUGCUCUCAUUCUGACAUCAGGUAUAGAUAUUCCCGGUAUUUUCCUCUCUUACGUGCUGAUCAUCAGGUCUAUCCUCAGCACAGCCUCCCCAGAGGAGAGGAAAAGGGCUUUUGGCACCUGCAUCUCACACCUUGGUGCUGUUGCUAUCUUCUACGUCCCCUGGGUCAUCUUGGCUUUGGUCCAUCGCUUUGGGCAUAACGCUCCUCUGUACGUCCACACCCUGUUGUCAAAUCUCCAUUUCUUAUUCCCCCCAGUGCUGAACCCCAUUAUAUACAGUGUGAAGACCAAACAAAUCCGUAAAGCUUUCCACAAGUUCUUUGCAAACACUGGAGAGGCAUUCUGUAGUUCUGAAAUACGAGCUGUUCAUGCUGGACUUGAAACGGAUUCUAAGAUUUUUAGUACAACUCGAGUCCUCAAGUCCUCAAAGAUGGGUAAUGAAGAUCACAAGAUUCCACGAGCUCGAAGAAGACAGAAGUGA